CCUCAGUGCAGGCCACGAAAAACUGGACCCCGAUUGACAGGCCUCGACGCCUUGCUUCACACCAGUUGGCUUGAGCCUCAAUCUAUCCCAUCCUCCAAAGCAGAUCCCGAACCUCCACCUCCUGCAACGCCGAGACGCCUUCGACGCCCGCCUGUACGACCUCCGGAAAUCCCCACUCCUCCUCAUCCGUCGUUCUCUUGCUCUCGCUCCCGCCGAGCCCCCGACGCAGCCAUGGAUAUCCGCCUCCUCACCAACGCCGACCUGCCCCUCAUCCAGCACGCCAACCUCGAGAACCUGCCCGAGAACUACUUCCUCAAGUACUACCUCUACCACUCCCUCUCGUGGCCGCAGCUCAGCUACGUGGCCGUCGACGUCUCCCGCCCCAAGAAGAACCCUUACGAAUAUCCCAAGAUCGUCGGCUAUGUGCUCGCCAAGAUGGAGGAGGAGCCCUCCGACGGCAUUCCCCACGGCCACAUCACCAGUCUGAGUGUCAUGCGCACCCACCGUCGUCUGGGCAUUGCCGAGAAGCUCAUGCGACAGAGCCAGCUUGCCAUGGUUGAGACCUUUGGUGCCAAGUAUGUCUCCCUGCACGUCCGUGUCUCCAAUGCCGCCGCCCGCCACCUGUACGAGGACACCCUGCGCUUCAAGAACGAGAAGACCGAGGCCAAGUACUACGCCGACGGCGAGGACGCCUUCUGCAUGCGCCUCGACCUCGAUGGCAUCCGCGCUCAAGUCAACGAGGCCAUUGCCGCCGAAGAAGCUGCUACCGCCGAGGCUGUUGACGAGGGCGAGCCCGUGGGCGAGGUCGGUCGCGACCCCGAGGCCGACAAGAAGAAGGAGAUCAAGGUCGCCGUGGGAAGGGGUCUGGGUGUUGGCGCCCUUGUGGAAAAGGACGAGUCCAAGCACUGAGGCAGAGACUGACCGAAGCGAAAAAAUAAAGCAACGUGAGGUUAGACGAAGGCGAGGUGCAUCUGCCGGGACGGGGAUACUGUAUAUAUAUAUAUGGAUAGACAAAAUAUUUGACGGCUGGGUGAAGCAUCUCACGACCGAGCAUGUAUUCACGAGGAUAAUGAGAAAGAUGAUAUAUCCUUGAGACGCAAA